UCUCAAAAACUCACCCACUCGUUCACCUCCACACAUAAAGUCUCUCUCUCCCCUCUCUUCCCGACUUGGCGAGAGAAACUUCGUUCGACACGCAUCACUCGUUGCCUCCUCCCCCACACCCAGAGCUGCUUCCGACGGCCAUGGCCUCCGUCAACAGUAUCCCUCCUCAGCGCUUCCUCCCUCUUUUCAAGCGCUCUAAUCCCAGCCCCAAGCCCACUUCACCUGCUCAUGCCAAAGUCCUCCCCAACUGCUCUACUUCACACGGCUUCAUAUUUUUCCGGACACCCACUUUCCCGAGAAACAAACAGCGGGGCUGUCGGGUGGUUCUUGGGUCGAUGGCGGAAGAGCUGGACGUGAUCCCGGUGCAGAGCAGUGACAGCACGGACCGGCAAAGCGGUGUCGUUUUGACGAGGGUCGAGGGCGAUGGGGAGGCCGACGCCGUGAGCCAGGUGGGUGGGUUCGCCGGUGAGGGGAGGUUCUCGUUCGAAGGGGCUGGCGAUUUUCAAGGCCUUUCAUCGUCAUCGUCUCCUGGAGAUCUUGGUGGUGGUGGAGGGAAGGGAGGGAGGGAAGAUAUUGACAAAUUGGUUGAUAAAGCGAUUAAUGCGACGAUUGUGCUUGCUGCUGGAUCUUUUGCCAUCACAAAAUUGGUCACCAUUGACAGCGAUUUCUGGCAUGGGUGGACACUUUAUGAGAUAUUGAGAUAUGCACCUCAACACAACUGGAGUGCAUAUGAGGAAGCUCUUAAAGCAAAUCCUGUUUUAGCCAAAAUGAUGAUAAGCGGAGUUGUCUACUCUCUAGGUGAUUGGAUUGCACAGUGCUAUGAGGGAAAACCUCCAUUUGAGUUUGACCGAGCGCGCAUGUUCAGAUCGGGCCUUGUCGGUUUUUCUCUGCAUGGAUCCCUAUCACAUUAUUAUUAUCAGUUUUGCGAGGCACUUUUUCCUUUCCAAGAGUGGUGGGUGGUUCCUGUUAAAGUAGCAUUUGACCAAACUCUAUGGGCAGCAAUUUGGAAUAGCAUUUACUAUACAGUUGUCGGUUUUUUGCGUCUUGAAUCCCCAGCCAGUGUUUUUGGUGAACUGAGGGCAACAUUCUGGCCCAUGCUGACUGCUGGUUGGAAGCUGUGGCCAUUUGCUCAUCUUGUUACCUAUGGUGCAAUACCAGUGGAGCAAAGGCUUCUUUGGGUGGACUGUGUGGAGCUCAUAUGGGUGACAAUACUCUCUACUUACUCGAAUGAAAAAGCAGAAGCAAGAAUCUCUGAGGUACCAGCAGACGCACAAUCCAGUUCUCCAUCGACCGGCAGCCCCCCUGAGGUAUACCUAUAUAAAGCAUCCUGGGAUUCAUUGGUGCCUAAGUUCCUGCAUUCAUAAAAUUCUUAUCUUGUGAUAUUGCACUGCUUUUUAUCAGGAAUAAAUUAAGCAAACCACUAAGCAAACCACCAGCAAUGAGAGAAAAAAAAAGAACUAUAGAAUCUAUUUAUAACAGCCAAAAGAUUGAAGUGCUGUCUGCUGGACCAUGGCUCGAGGUGUUAAGACGGCAAUACACAAAUGCUGCUGGAGAGGCUGUCCAUAGUUCACCCUAUACUUCCUCCUUAGAAGAUUUAUGUACAUGUUAUAUGUAAUAUAACUUCAUUUGGCAUGUGUAUAUGUUUGAGGAAAUCUUGUUUGCGUCAUUUUUUUGACCAAAAUAUACUUCAGUGGUUUUAGAAAAAAUACAUGUAUUGCAGGCACAUUCCUGUUGGAGUUUCUGCAUUAUCAUAUGGAUCCAUUUUCCA